AUGUCGUUUCCGGAUAACCUCAAGCCCAAGGAGCCCAGCGGCUCAUCGCUCCUGGAAAAGGAGCGUCGGCAAUCGCCCGUCGACGUCGAUGCGCUGGGCAAGCACAUCUUUGCGGGCACGAGCUUCCUCGAGCGCCAGGCGCGCGUGCUCCGCGCCAUUGAGCAGGAGCCCUUGUUCGACAAGUCGCGCCAGCAGCAGCUGUCCCGCGUGGAGCGCGUCAAGCUCGGCCUCGCCCGCGGCAAGCUGAUGCGGCGGCUGCAGGACCGGCACGGCUGGGACAUGGACGACUACCACAUGGCGGCGUACCUCGUGGGCGAGCAGAGCCCGUACCGGCUGCACGUGGGCAUGUUCAGGACCACGGUCGAGGAGCAGUCGAGCGACGCGCAGCGGGCGUACUGGAUGCCCCGCGUCAACGGCUGGGAGGUGUCUGGCGCCUACUCGCAGACGGAGCUCGGCCACGGCAGCAACGUGCGCGGCGUCGAGCUCGAGGCGCGCUGGGACCCGGCCGCCAGGGAGUUUGUGGUGCACAGCCCGACGCUGACGGCGGCCAAGUGGUGGAACGGGUCGCUGGGCAGGACGGCGAAUCAUGCAAUCUUGAUGGCGCAGCUGAUGGUGCCGGAUCCCAAGCGGGAGGGCCAGUAUAUAUCGCAUGGGCCGCAGGCGUUUAUUGCGCAGAUUCGAGACCUCAAGACGAAUUUGCCACUCGAGGGUGUCGUCAUCGGCGAUAUUGGCGUCAAGAUUGGCUUCACGUCAAUGGAUAAUGGCUACAUGCUCUUCAACCAGUUCAGAAUUCCACACUCGGCACUGCUCUCGCGUUAUGUUCAGCUGGACCCAGAAACGGGCGUCUUUUCCAAGUCUCCAAAUCCGGCUCUGGCCUACGGAACAAUGACGUCCAUCAGGACUAUGCUCGUUGAAGAAGCCGGCACCCAUCUAGCACGCGCCGUCACCAUUGCCAUACGAUAUACCGCCAUUCGCCAGCAAUUCAGAGACAAGGACUCCCAGGACCCAAGCAGCGCUGAGCUGCAGGUCCUAGACUAUCCCACAGUGCAGGUCCGUCUGUUUCCUUUGCUAGCUGCUGCUUUUGCCCUCCAGUACACGGGCAAAGUCAUGCGCCAGGACUACGCCAAGACGCGCGGCGAGGUCGAAAAGGGCAACCUCGAGGGCCUUGCCGUCAUGCACAGCAACUCGUCUGGGCUCAAGAGCCUGAGCACGGAGAUUACGAAUGCCGGCAUCGAAACGUGCCGCAGAGCAAUGGGCGGGCACGGCUACGGCAGCGGCAGCGGGCUGGUGGAGAUGCAAAAGGAUUAUCAGGCAAAGCCCAUUCUUGAAGGCGACAACUGGAUGAUUACGCAGCAGACGUCGUCGUUUUUGAUCAAGAGAAUGACGGCGGCGGCCAAGACUCGGAAUGAGCCGCCCAAGGACCAGAUAGACGCGCAGUUGAAGACGUUUCUCCAUCAGAAAGACAAGGGCAGGACGUUUGAUAUUCUCAACAGCGACUCCGAUAUCGAAGAGAGCUUCAAGUGGCGAGCGGCUUCCAUGACAUAUGAUGCCUACGAGGCGCGAGUCAUCAAGAAAAAGAGACACAACGACUUGCUGAUUCAGUUUCACAAGCUCAGUCACGCGCACUCGCAAUCCAUCAUGGUCUCUUCAUUUUUAACAACACUCACUUCCUCCAACGACCUUGCCCACGAGACAAAGGAAAUAGUGUUUGACCUUUACAGGCUGUUUGCCUACACCACCAUUCAAGCCGAGAGCUACGAAUUCCUCCGCUGCGGCGCGGCAUCCUCCAAAGAUCUCGAUGCGCUUCCCGAGAGAAUACAGGCCCUGCUUACACGCAUCCGCCCGCACGCCGUCAAGCUCGUCGACGCCUGGAAGAUUCCGGACUAUCUUCUGGACAGCGCGCUUGGCCGCUAUGAUGGAAAUGUAUACGAGGAUCUCUUUAACCGAGCGCACAGGCUAAAUCCGCUCAACGACAUUGUGUUUAACCCAGACUACAAGGAUGAUGAGAUUGUCAAAGGAAGCGGCGAGCGAAAACCACUCUCUCCCAAGUUGUAA